AACAUAAGUAACGAAGAAUCUAGUCGAUGAUAUUUUUGCAAGUAAUUUUUGACUGCCUUUAGUGGGCGCCAUAACAACGUCCAUUAGUCGGUGACAAUCAUUGUGCGAUAAGUGUUUAUUCUUUCCGUCCACUUAUUUUGCAUUUAUUAGUAACUUUUAAUCUACCGAUAAAUUUCAUUAAUGAUUUAUUCGUAUUUGUCCAAUUGCGUACUUUAACUUAAAGUUAUACUGCGCUAGAAACUAAGGUGGGGCGGACUUUGUUAGCCCGGUAUUAAACACGUGCGAUUCGUUAUACAAUUGUUCUGAUUUAGUUCAAUUAAAAAUCUCAACAAAUAUGCCGGAAUUAACUGAACUCGACAAAGCUGCAAGCUCCGAACCUAGUAAGGUCGAAGCAACAGCAGCAGGAUCUGGAACUGAUUCAGACUCGGACGAUACUCUUCCAGACUUGGAUGAUGCGGGUGCUGGGGGUACUGUUGGCUUUUCAGCCACGACUGUCACUGGUCUUGACAUGGUUUCUAAGGCAAAACAGAGUCGGGGAGAGAAGAAAGCCAGGAAGCUUAUGAGCAAAUUAGGACUAAAACCUGUUCAAGGUGUAAACAGAGUAACUAUUCGUAAAUCGAAGAAUAUUCUCUUUGUAAUUAACAAACCAGAUGUUCUGAAGAAUCCAGCUUCAGAUACUUACAUAGUAUUUGGGGAAGCAAAGAUCGAGGAUCUUAGCCAACAAGCUCAGGUAGCAGCAGCUGAGAAGUUCAAAGAACCUCCAGUUAUUCCAGCAACUGAGGCUGGUGGUAGCACUACGGUUGUCGCGCCUAUACAGGAAGAAUCAGAGGAAGAAGUUGACGAAACAGGCGUCGAGGAGAAGGACAUUGACUUAGUAAUGUGUCAAGCCAAUGUAUCUCGAGGGAAGGCCAUUAAAGCUCUCAAAAAUAAUCAAAAUGACAUUGUCAAUGCUAUUAUGGAAUUGACAAUGUGAUGAACCUGCUUAGAAAUAGGGUGCGCUACAUCGUAGCUCGCAUUGUGAGGUCAUUAUUUUAUCAUCUGCAUCAUCAGGGAAAACAUCAUCCUUCUUUUUGUCUCAUUACAUUGAAAUGAUAAGCUCGACUACCAAGAGAUCAGAGUUCGCACGGAGACCGUGAUGCUUGUCUCUAACAAAUCCACAUGUAUAUACAUAAUUCACAUGAAAAAAAAAAUAAAUACACUAAGGUCACUAUA